CAGGGCUGUGAUCGUGUCAGGUGAUGCAGCGGCAGCCACUACUCUCUCUAUUUUCUUUCUUUGUGGAGAAAUCACUGGUCCCUCAACCCGGAUGCUGUGCCACAACUAUCGAUAAUUCCCCCCAGUGCGCAGCGCUGUAGGCUGAGGAAGGGGCGGAAAUAUUUCAGUACCCUUGAAGCGGACAGCUCUUGCCGGAUCCCCACGCUUCUGACCACCGGGCUCCGCAUCCGUGCCUGGAGAGCAGGCAGGAUCAUAAUUUAUACCUAAGAUAGGGGAGGGUAAAGCGGCCACAAAAAGGCAAACACCUCCCUGCUCUUGGAAGAUCGUGACCACUUUCACGCCGUUUUAGCCGUAGUGGAAGGGUGAGAAAGAGGGAGGAAGAAAGGGAGCAGAGCAUCACUACAGAGAGAGAUGGCGGAGUGCGGGCGAAAGGCGCUGUCUCUCCUGGAAGCGGCCCGGUCCCGGUACGAGAGCCUGCAGAUAUCCGACGACGUGUUCGGCGAGUCCGGGGAUGACAGCAGCGACAAUCCCUUCUACAGCACCUCCGGAGACUCCGACUCUGACAACUACAUAGCCGAGGUAGGCGAGGAGGACCAGCACCACCACCAAAAACGGGGCGGCAAGGAGAGCAGCGGGCAACGCGGGGGAGCAGGAGGUGGUGGCAGCGGGAGAAUCGGAGCCGGUCCCCCGGGCUCUCUGUCCCGUAGUCAGGCAGAGGAGGAGGGCUGGACGGAGACUCUGCAGGAUGUCACGGUGCCGCCGUUUAAAGAGACAUAUGGCCCUGCUCAGAAGAUGCCGGUCACCGCCACAGCGUUGGACUUCUUCCAGCUCUUCGUCCCAGACAAUUGCAUCCAAAACAUGGUCACCCAGACUAACAUGUAUGCCAAGAAGUUCCAGGAACGCUUCGGCUCAGACGAAGGCUGGCGUCCUGUCACAGCCCAGGAGAUGAAGGCCUUCCUGGGCUUUGUCACCUCCACCAGUGUGCACCGCUGUGAGUCGGUGCUCAGCAUCUGGAGCUCAGGCUUCUUCAGCAACCGGAGCAUCGCCUUGAAGAUGAGCCAGGCACGCUUUGAAAAGAUCCUCAAGUACUUCCACAUUGUGGCUUUCCGGCCAUCACAGGGAAGCAACCAGGGCCUGUACAAGAUCCAGCCCUUCCUGGACUCGCUGCAGCAGUCGUUCAGCUACACCUUCAGACCUUCACAGACACAGGUUCUUCAUGAGCCAUUGAUAGACGAAGAUCCAGUGUUCAUUACCACCUGUACGGAAAGAGAGCUGAGGAAGAGGAAGAAGAGGAAGUUCAGCCUCUGGGUUCGACAGUGUACCUCCACCGGAUUCAUCUGUCAGAUCUCAGUCCAUCUGAAGGAGGGCACCGAUGCUCUGGCCACCUUGAAGAACAAACCUCAGCUCCACAGCCUCGUGGCCAAGCAGCUCUGCCAGAACAUCUCCGGCAAGAACAGCAUCAUCUUCACCGGGCCAUCCAUCACAAGCCUCAGCCUCUUUACUGAAUUCAGCAAACAAGAUAUCUACUGCUGUGGACUGCUGAGCACCAGGAAGAGCGACUGUACAGGCUUACCACUAAACAUGUUGGUCUGCGGCUCCACGCCAGCGCAGCGCGGCCAAUCACGAGUAAUGAUGAAAGGCAGCAUGUCACUGAUCAGCUGGUACAACAAGGGACACUUCAGGUUUCUCACCAACAGCUAUUCCCCAACAAAACAAGGUAUCAUCAUUAAGAGGAAAAGCGGGGAGAUCCCAUGUCCCUUGGCUGUUGAGGCCUUUGCGGCGCACCUCAGUUACAUCUGCAAAUAUGACGACAAGUACAGCAAGUACUUUAUCUUCCAUAAGCCCAACAAGACCUGGCAGCAGGUGUUUUGGUUGAGCAUCAGCAUCGCCAUCAACAACGCGUACAUCCUCUACAAGAUGUCUGACGCCUACACGGUGAAACGCUACAGCCGAGCGCAGUUUGGAGAGAGACUGGUCAGAGAGCUGCUGGAUUUAGACGACUGCUCCCCCACACAGUGAGGAGGAGGAGGAUGAGGACAGCAGGAGUGCACACACACACACACACACACACACACACACACACACGCUAACACAAUCCCCACACAUGCAUUCACACUUCAUUAUAGUUGUACGGACUCUGCAGUCUGUGUCUGUGUGAUAAUACUGAAGCAGGCCAAGCUUGGCAUGUCUCUCUUCCUCUAGUUGUUUUUCGUGGUACUGUAAAUAUUCAUUAACACAGGACUGCACACUACACAAUAGAGAAUCAUGAGCCAUGGGACAGUUCACAUGCCUCAACUGCAACUUUUAACCACACAGUUUUACUAAGGAUUUGUCAGCAGGAGCUAUUUCACAAGCAGAGAUGCAGGCGAGAACAAUGAAACUGGGACGAAUUUACCUUUAAAUGAUGUCAGUUUCGAGUCUUAACUCUUAUUAAAGAGUUAUCAAUAUGAGCCUGAAAUUACCCGUGGGUGUGUUCAAAUGCGUCAGGCUACAUGUAGAUCGAUAUUUACACUCUGCAAAAACACCUGGGACCCUGUAACAAAAGCUUAGUAAACCAGGACAAUGGUGUGUUCACACGCUGCAUGCAUAAAGAAUGUGGAUUGUGAUGUUCUCUUGUUUGGUGUGAACAUGAUUUCUGCUCCAGUUGGGUUUUGAAACAUUUUUGUGUGUGUGUGUAUGUAUUAAGGAAGUGGAACUGCCAUUUGUGUGUGCGAUGUUGAGUUGACGUUGAGGAUGUAAAUGUACGGCUGUUGUGACCCAGAUGUGUCGUGUUGCUGCAUACUGUACUCGCUAGAGGAAGACUGUCGGGUGAUGUACAGCCACACACAGCAGUGUGCCACCCAUUCACAUCCUCCUAAUUGAAAAGAGCCCAGAAAAUACUUUUAAAAAACAACUCUUUCAGAUGUCUUUAAGCCCCUGAAGACUUGGUUUCCAAUUUUGAGUAUUUCUCUACAACGGUAAAUAUUCAUUAUUAAAAAGGCAACAAUUACAGUUUGGGAAGAAAAAAACAUUCUUUCUUUUAUUUUUUAUCAAGAGGUUAACAUUUAAAAACUCAGCGAAUCUGCUUCAUCAGGACUGUGUGGUUUGAUCAGAUUUGAUUGACAACAUAAAGUAACAAUCCCACAACGUUUUUUUCUUAAUUUAAGUAUUCUUAAAUCCUGAUUGGUGUACCGAAAUACACGACCCCACUCCCUUCAAACCAGUGAGCAAAACAGAGACAAAAACACAAAUACAUACAUUUCUCAUAUUAAAUAACCAAAACUGCUCCAACUUUGGCAGAAAAUGCUGUGCUCAUGUAGGAUUACAUUCCUCGUACUAAGAAGCGGAUUGAAGAAAUUGGUCUUUCGGGGUCUUUAACAAAAAAUAAAUCUAACAAUAAAUGCCGUCAAAUCUGCAGCCUACUUUCAUACCACCAACACUUUCAAAGGCAGAUAAACUCAUCUUAUUUGUCUGUUUUAUCUGUGCUUUGCAGGGCACCACAAGUUUAAAAUAUGCUUGAUUGAAUGUUAAGUAAACAAGUGUUGCUAAGCAACGAGUACAAUCUUGGCAAGUCAGCAGGGGUUUGGAUAGUGUUGCUUGGCAAAAUUUAGGUAAAGGAAGAAAAAACGGAAUCACUGGUGGCUCAUAAGAUGUCCCAGAAAACCAAAUGUUGCAACAAAUCUUAAUGUAGAUAAAAGGCUCAGACUGGUGCCCAAAUCUUAUCAGGAACUCCAGAAGUGAACUGAACAAUUUCAUCUAAUACCUUCUCAUCUGAAAUAGAAGCAAGGAAAUGUUGUUUCUUGCCAACAGAUUUAGACCUGCCACCUCGUGUCCAGCCAAUGGAAGUAUUUAUCUGAUUAAAAUGCACUUACUGUCUUCUGACCAUGUAUCUUUACCACACUGCUGUCUGUAGCUGUAAUGAGGACUCUACAGUCCACUGUGCUUUGCUUAACAUGUUAUGCAGUCAAUGUUAUUGUCAUGCUGGUAUCAAGUUGUGAAGAUUUUAAGUGAAGGGUUUUGUUGUGUGCUUGCUCAAUCAGCAUGGUUCGAUGUGUGAAUACAGUAAGAUGACGGUCUUUUAUGCUGGUAGAAUUGUAGAAUGAUUGGAACACUGGCAGGACUCAUGCACUUUCUCCCAACACAGUCUUGCACUUCGAGGAGAGUUGUAAAGUUAGCAACAUGUUUACUAGAUAAUGCUUUUAUUAAUUUUGAACUCGAUGCUAGUAUACACUGCUCUCAGAAAAAUUAUGUAAAUAUACAUAGAUAAAUGAAAUGGGUUAUAUAAAAAUACGCCAAUGAAAAUAAGACUGAAAAUGAAGGACUAUAACCAAAACAAAAAAGAUUUCCAUUGUAGAUAGAGAGUACAAGGUACAGUAUGUGUGUGUAUAUUUUGUUUACAAAUUACUACUGAGUGUUUGUCAAUAAUCACUGUCACUGAGACUUAAGAUUGUGAUUUUUUUUCUUUUUUUACUUUUUCACUAAUCCAAAGCAUCGUUGUAGUCAUUGUGGCGCUUGUCGUGUAAUCACCUCGAAGUAACACUGUUAGUCUUAAGAGGCACCCCUGUCAUGUCAUGUAACUCGUCAUGUCAACUCGUGAUUUUAAUACAAUGUUCAUUAUCGACUAAUUACACACACGUUUAGUAUGAAAUUGAUUGGGUUGUAUAAAAACACAUGCAACAAUUCCAGAAACCCAUCCUGCCCAUUAGACUGCAUAUGUCCGAUAUUGGUAAUAAAGAAAAGAAAAAUCCACACUACUAAAAAAAAAAAAAAAACUCUUAAAACAGAAAAAAAAAGAUCAAGCCUCAUUGAAUAGCAGUUUCUUUGCUGAUUUCCUUGAAGUCACCUCUGAUGUUGGUUGUGGUCAGAAGUGUGCUCUGUAACACACCCACCAGUCACAGUGGAGUGCACUUCUAAAUCACUGCAGCAAGGUGAGAUGUUAAGUUAACCCACUGCAGGUCAGAAAAGACAACAUUUUAAGAUGGUGUUUGGUUGCUCUUUACAGCAAAUCUACUCAAUAUCGAUCCCUGCAAUAUUUGGGUGUAUUUUUCAUAUUCCCAUUAAUAACUGAGAUUUUGAACCAACAUAUUUCCCUUGCAACAUCAGUGAUAUUUGAUAUAAGAAUUGUUUUAGCUUCCUGAAAUAUCGAAUAUCGAUAAUUUAGAAAGUAAAACCAAUUACCACUGAGACUAACCUCAGAAGCCUUGAUGCAUGCGUGUGUACCUGCAAGGCAUGUUGUAGUCUGAGUAAGGGGCAUGGAUGCGAUCAUCACUGACUGAAGCAGGAAUGGACGAGGCAGGUUGAUAAUAAUAAAAUCCAGCUCUUCAAAGCAAAAUAACCCCAGGACUGCGUCACAGAAAAUUGUGAAGCACAUAUAACUGCCGAGAGUAUCCUAGGGGGAAUACUUCCUUUACAGUCUGUCAUACAUAAAAAAAGAGCUGCAUCUGUGAAUGAGCAUUCAAUCUGCAGCUCAUGGAAGCACAUGUCACAUAUUUACCUUUUAGAUCGCAAAGGAUGUGUGUGUGACAUAUGCAGAGGUUGUCUGUAGUGCUUAUAUCGCUUGGCUCAGACCACGCAUGAGAAAGAAUUAUGCACCAGGGACUCUGCAAGGCCACGAUUAGUUGGAAACUAAUUAUAUGAGUAUAAGAGGAAGGAAAAGUGGUAGUUCUCAAGUUUUUCUGCCCAUAUGUUAAUAUUGUUAUCACCCCAACUUUCAGACUGAGAGCUGAGCGUCGUCUCCUUUUUAUCUAUCAGAAGAGAAGGGCCGAGGAUCCUCCCCAUGAUGCUUUUGUUCAGUUAGUUCAGAAGAGGGUUGCGUUUUAGCUCAUGUAGAUCAGAAACAUGGCUUCAUUUUAAAUUCUCAGGUUGAUCUCUGAAGUGAUUAUUCUUUCCAGCUGGCUCUAUUGACCAGCCAUGAAUCAGAUAUUUCUAUAGUGCCUUUUCUGCUCAUGUUCCCACUGUCAUUGCCAUGGUUUAGUGUUGUUGAUUUCCUGAAAUGGAGUUAAUGUGAAUGAUUAGAACAGAUUAGAUUUUGAAAUGAAUAUGGCAAAAUCCUGUCCUCCUUGGUGAUUAAUAGAAACUAGUAAAAUAAAUCUAUCACCUCUGCAGUAGAGUUUUAGAUGCUGGAAAUGUUUUAUGCAGCCCUAUGCCCUUGUUCCAUUGUUGUAAUUUUUCACCUCAAGUAAUAUUUCACAUUUUCACACAAGUGGUGUCACUGCAGUCAACACUACAUCCUUUAAUAUGAGUUUUUAACACAUCUCAAAAACAUAAAUAUGUCCAAAUAAAACUUCUUUGUGUAUUGGGUAAUUUUACCUGUUCAUAAAACAUGAUAACGGCAGAAGAAAUGACAGCAGAUCCCAGUGAUGUAUGUUUUGUUUACAUGGGUAAACUACUAUGUAGAAACCUAGUUUGUAUUUUGGAGGAAAGAGGUGAGCCCCACUAAAGUCAGAACAUCCCAUCACCAAAUAUAGCCUUAUAACAAAUUAUAACCACCAAUAUGAAA